UCUUCAAAAUAACUGCAAACAAUGGAUGUCAGAACUAAUUAGACAACAAAAUUUCAAUAAAAUUAUAUAAAAAAAUAAAAAAUAAAUUGAAAUAAAAUACUCUUUUAAUAUACUAAGCAAUAUUUUAAUGAUUGAGUGAGGGGCACAGAAAAAAAUAAAAAUAAAUAUAUAUACCAAAAAUUUUAUGUGUUUGUGCAAGAAAAUUUCAAGAGAAAAGUGUGUGAAAAAUAAAAAUAAAUAAACUAACACAAAACUCAAACUCUUAAUGAAGCAAUUAAAAAAAGUCUUAAUAACUCAACAAAUUUAUAGGCAAAAAUAAAAUUGAAAACGAAUUGAAAGCACAAACUUAAACAUGUUGAAAGCAACAAAAAGAAAAUGAAAAUUUUGAAAUAUAUUGUAAGUAUUGAAAGAAAGCUGCAAAAGAAAUAUAUACAUUACCAUAUACAUAUACAAGAAGGUACCAGAAAAUACAAGAGGCAGAUGAGGACGAUGGCCACUUUUUCGCUGAAUGGUUUUUAAUAUUAAUUGUAAUAACCAAAAUCAAUUUGAAUACAAAUUUUCUAUUAUAUAGAAAAGUAAUACAAUUAUAUAUAGAUAUAUAAAAAUUAUAAUAAACUUAAACAAACGCGAAUCUCAAGCAAAAAACUCAAUAAGCAACUGAAACACGCACAAGAUUGGACGGGAACGUUUUUAUAUAUAUGGUAUAUACAUAUAUUGGUAUAUUUAUGUGUAUAUAUGUAUAUAUAUCCAUAAAAUUGCCGACAGUUUGACAUAUUGAAAUUAGUUUAUAUGACAAACAAUAUCCAAUACAAACUUAUUCAUAAUUCAAAUAUAUAAAAUAAUACAAAAAAAAAAAAAAAAAAGAAAAUUAAAGUUCAGCAAGUUUUCAAUCAUUGACAUUCGUGACGUAACAUAUGCAUAUUCGAUAAUCGCAACUAACUAAAAAUAAUUCAAAAAUUUAUAAUAAUAAUAGCUAUAAUAAUCGCAAUUGAACAAUUAAAAUUACAAUUAAAACUCAUUAACUCACCCAUGAAUACAUCAAUAUUAAUGUUCAUCAUAAUUACAUCUAAUUAAAGAUAUAUGAUACGAUUAUAUGUAUAUGACACUGCGCAAAAUUUGAUAAAAUAUUUAAUAUAAUAAUAAUAAUUAUAUAAACAAACAACAAAUGGAAUAUUUAUAGUAUUCAGCUAGUUCAACUAAAUCUUUAUAACAUAUACACGACAACAACCAACUAAUUGGAAAGCGACAACUUUUGACUUAAUUAAUACGGAAAGUUAAGGCCCGUCUUGCCACAGCAAUAAAGAGAAACAGCAACAAUAGCAAAGAGCUACAAAGCACUGCCAUCUAAAAACUGCAAUUGCAACAAAUACAAAUGCAAAUACAACAAGAAACCCGACAACAACAGGAACAGCAACUAACAAUUCAAUUGCGCAAUAUAUAAAGACAUAUAUAGAUAUAUAUUUAAAAAAUAUACUAUAAAUAGUAGAGAAAAAAGAAAAUUUUACAAACUCAACAGCUGCGUACACUUGAGAAUAUGAUAUAAAAUAAUAAUUUACAAGACGCUUCAACACGAAAAAAAUGCACUAAACAAAAAACAGCAAAUAAAAAGGAAGAAAAGAAAAGCAAAGAAAAGCCGAAGCUGAAGUGGAAAAACUUUAACUGUAAGAGAAUAACCAAACACACACAGAGACUCUUUGGGUUGUAAAGACAAACAAAGAAAGCAAAGUUGGAAGAAAGAAGAAGAAGACAAAGAAGAAAAACAACAACACAGCAACAAUAUAAUAAUAUUGCAAACAAUAAAGCAUAUACUCGCCAUAUAUUGAAAGAGAAGUAAAGAAAGAAGAAAAAAAAAAACAAGUUGGGAGAUUUUUUGUAAAAUUAAGAGUUAUUAAGCAACAACAGAAAAAAGAAAACAGAGCUAGAGACAAUGUAAGCCAGCAAGAAGGAAAAGAAACUGACAGAGCCAAAGGAGUAGGGGAAUAAAGCAGGAGAGAGACGGAGUGAGAAAGAGGAUUAAAGUAAAAUAUACGCGCCUCGUCAACAGCAAACACCGAAGAGACUAUGAAAAAUGCGCAACUGAAGCUGAGUGAAGUUGAUGAUGAAGAGCUGUGGCUGCAGCUGCAGCAGCAGCAGGAACAGCAACAGCAACAGCAACUAGCUUUUAGAUUAGCACACAGCAACAACAGCAACAGCAACAACCAACUUACUCAACAGCAACUAAAGAGCUUAAGUACAAAACACCAUAGUAACAGCAACGGCAACAACAACAACAACGGCAACGCCAGCAGCACCACCACCACAGCAUUAGCAACAACAAACAAACAGCAUGUAGUUAUAUAUAAUGCAAGGGCUUUGCAGGAGCAACAGCAACAGCAACAGCAACAGCUAGACAGCAACAUGUUGUCGGCGGCCAAUGGCGGCAGCAAUCAAGCAACAUACCCAAACAUAAGACUGUGCGCACGCAAGCGGCAAAGAUUACGUCGGCGGCGAAAAAGAAAACAACUAACAAUACCAGCAACAGCAGCAACAACACUCAGCAAUAGCAACAGCAACGGCAACAGCAAUCAAAGCAGCAACAGUGAGAGCAACAUCAUCAAUUCAUUUCAUGGCCUGUGGCCAAUUAGCGUUGGCAUAGCAUUGCAACUGUUGCUGCCGGCGUUGAGAUUGUGGCAAAUGCAGCUGCAACUGCAACAGCGUGCAGCAAUAUUGCUACGAAUGCUUGCUGGCACAGCCACCGCCAUUAUUUCCUAUCUACUGCAGCUGCUAAGCAAUUGCAAACGUAGCAGCAGCAGCACAAGCGCCAACAGCAGUAGCAGCAACAGCAGCAGCAACAACAGCAGUAGCAACAGUUGCAGCGGCACACAUCUAAUCAACGGACUAAAUAAACACUCAUGGAUAUUUUUAUUGAUAUAUUUGAAUUUAUCUGCUAAAGUUUGCUUAGCAGGAUAUCAUGAAAAGAGACUGUUACAUGAUCUAUUGGAUCCUUAUAAUACACUAGAACGUCCGGUUCUCAACGAGUCGGACCCGUUACAAUUAAGCUUUGGUUUAACUUUAAUGCAAAUUAUCGAUGUGGACGAGAAAAAUCAAUUGCUGGUCACGAAUGUUUGGCUAAAACUGGAGUGGAACGAUAUGAACUUGCGCUGGAAUACGUCCGACUAUGGCGGCGUUAAGGAUCUGCGAAUACCGCCGCAUCGCAUCUGGAAGCCAGACGUCCUGAUGUACAACAGCGCCGACGAGGGUUUCGACGGCACCUACCAGACGAACGUCGUGGUGCGCAACAACGGCUCCUGUCUCUAUGUGCCGCCCGGCAUAUUCAAGUCGACGUGUAAAAUAGAUAUCACAUGGUUUCCAUUUGAUGAUCAGCGCUGCGAAAUGAAAUUCGGCAGCUGGACCUAUGAUGGAUUUCAGCUGGAUUUGCAAUUACAAGAUGAAACUGGCGGUGAUAUCAGCAGUUACGUGCUCAACGGCGAGUGGGAACUACUGGGUGUGCCUGGUAAACGUAAUGAGAUCUACUACAAUUGCUGCCCGGAACCGUAUAUAGACAUCACAUUUGCCAUUAUCAUACGACGACGUACAUUGUACUAUUUUUUUAAUCUGAUUAUACCCUGUGUGCUGAUUGCAUCCAUGGCUCUACUCGGAUUUACACUGCCUCCGGAUUCGGGUGAAAAGCUGUCGCUGGGCGUUACGAUCUUGCUUUCGUUGACCGUGUUCCUUAAUAUGGUUGCCGAGACAAUGCCCGCCACCUCAGAUGCCGUGCCACUGUUAGGUACAUAUUUCAAUUGCAUAAUGUUUAUGGUAGCUUCAUCCGUUGUGUCAACGAUUUUAAUAUUAAAUUAUCAUCAUCGAAAUGCUGAUACGCACGAAAUGUCCGAAUGGAUACGCAUCGUAUUUUUAUGCUGGCUGCCAUGGAUAUUGCGCAUGAGUCGACCGGGACGUCCGCUGAUAUUGGAAUUUCCGACAACGCCCUGCUCGGAUACAUCGUCCGAGCGCAAACAUCAGAUACUAUCCGAUGUUGAGCUAAAAGAGCGCUCCUCCAAGUCGCUGCUGGCCAAUGUGCUCGACAUUGAUGAUGAUUUUCGACACAAUUGUCGCCCCAUGACGCCCGGCGGAACACUGCCACACAAUCCGGCUUUCUAUCGCACGGUUUAUGGGCAAGGCGACGAUGGCAGCAUUGGGCCUAUUGGCAGCACACGAAUGCCCGAUGCGGUGACACAUCAUACGUACAUCAAAUCAUCAACAGAAUAUGAAUUAGGUUUAAUCUUAAAGGAAAUUCGCUUUAUUACUGAUCAGGUAAGUGCUUUCGUUGUCAACAUACAUAAACAAACUACUUAGACUAUUGUUUAAGGCUUGAAUAAAUUAUUACUUUACUUUCGUUUGAGAAGAACACAUGUUUGAUAUAAAUAUAUGCUUUUUAUAUACCCUCGCAGAGCAUGUUAUAUAGUAGAUGGAAAUAUAAAGUGGGUUGAAUAGUCUAGGGAGUUUAUUGAGUAUAUGUAGUUGUCUAUUUGGUGCUGAGGAUGUUUAUACAAUACGUUAAACUUGUAUUGUCUGACUCGUUGCCACUUCGACUCUAUGAACUUGCUCUUCAGCUCACUCUGACACAUUGAAAAUGAGGACAGGGAGAAGGGCUACAGGCAGAGCGACAUUUGCGCUCUCACAAAUUCAACUCCAAAAACUGUUCUUAUUAAUUCAAGUUUAAGUGACUUUCUCAUUGUUUAUAGUUUCUUAUUGCCAUAAAACUUGGUUGGACUCUUGGUUGGAGCAAGUCUGUUCAUUUGUAUAUAUAGUCUCGACUAGUCUAGUCUUACGAGAUUUACACACUAUUCCAAGCAAAAAAUAUGGUUUCAUUUCACAUUGAGUGGAGUUUAAGUGAGCUUCAUAUAUAUAUAUAUUUAAAAAGGAUUUUUCGACCUACUCAACACAGAUUUGUAAAUGUUUUGCAAUAUUUAAAUAGAUUUUAAGUUUUUUAUGGGUCAUUUAAAAUCUCUGCAGAGGCUUAAGGCUUAAAUAGGCAUACUUAUUUAAUAUUUAUUUAAUAUCUAGGUAACAGCAAAAACUAGAAAACUUUUUGAACAAAUUAAUCAAAUUGCAUGCAUAUACUAAAUAUAUACAUACAAGAUUUUU